AUGAAGUUCUGUUCACUCAUCCUUGCUGCUGCGGCUGCAGUCAGUGCUGCUAUUGUCCCUCCUCCCGGACUGCAACCCAGACAAAUGUCAUUCUGCGGCACUGUGGCGAGCAGGUCAGCUACAGUGAGGCCUACAACUACCGUCACCGUGAGAGUUGCAGGCAUUACAACAAUCACCACUACUAUCAGUGUCACCCGAACAUUGAGCCAGACUUCGACGACGAAUGUCGCCAUAGCUGCUGCGACAGUGUCGACAACACAAACGACUACGUCCUUUUCGACGAGAACAACCACUACGACCAGGACCGUAACGACACGGACGACGAGCGUCCAAGCUCCCGAUGUCACGCAAAUGGUUUCCGAAUGUGCUGCGCCUCCCAACCCUGAUGCCGCAAUCACAAUCAUGCGAGUAGGAAACGGUAUUUCAAGAAAAGAGAAACGCGAAGCCUCUGACGACGACAAUGUCGUACUCGCGAAAGAGCUCAUGGAACGACAAGCUAUCGCCAAACCCGCUUGCCUGGCCUCAUAUACCAGCGCUUACAGGCAGAGUUCGGCGUGUAGCUGUGCUUCGAUCCGUGCUUCGACAAGCACAUCUACAAGAUUUGUUACUGCUACGAGCACGAGCACCGCCACUACGACUCUCACCACGAGCGUGAAUACGAUCAGGGCUACCGUGACAAACACUGUUGCGACUGUCACUCAGAUCAUCGCCGAGACGGUCAAUGUGCAAAGUACUUUCACCUCGACGAUGAUGAGCACGAUGACGAGACUUGUUUCUGGGCCGACGACGACAGUCUUGAGCGGUGUCGUCUUCACCCGCACCCUCUCUCCCAAAUCCACAAUCUACACCCUCGGCGGCGCAGCCGCCCAACCAACCUUCUACAUCCAAAACGACGUCCUCAACUACGCAUUCCUGCAAGCACCCUGGAGCGACAAGAAAAAGAAGAACAAGAGAGACGCAGCAGGCACAUUAAACUUCGACUCCAUCCCCGCCUCCUCAGCCCAACUAUUCUCUCUCCCCGCUGGCAUGUCCGGCCCUCUCGCAUCCUCCGACGGAAGUCUUCUCGCGGCACAAUCAAUCGAUAUCAUUUCCCCUGAUGGAGAAGGAUAUGAUAAUAUCGAUGUCCAAAUGGUUUCUGCUACGGAUCUCGCGAGCGGUGCCUUCGGACCUGUGAGUUGUUCAGUUACAGCUGGAGCCAAUGGGACUUGUCCGAUGAGCUGUUGGUUUACGGGACAAGGGAUGGGAGAUAUCAAUCAGGGAAAUCCGUUUGGGACGUGGAUGUUGGGGCAGCCGGGGAGUAGUGGGGAUGAUGAGACGUGGGGGGUUUGGGCUGUUACGCCGUAG